AGAUAACUAAAAACAUAAUCAGUCAGGUCUGAUAACGUUGGUGAGGUUGCUCGACCUUCCUCAUAACCCUUCAUUUAUUUGUGAAGAAGCCAGACAGAACAAACACACAGGAUGCAGUCAAUGAGUGGAUUAUUUUGUCGUAAAUGUGCUGAAAGUGUACGUAUGUUGCACAUGACAAAAUUGAGAUCCCAAAUCUCAAAUCAACACAUUCAAAAUGUCCACAAGAGCACAAGGUCCAGUAUGUCAGCAUGGCAGAUUCACCAGUAUGGAGGAAAUGAAGAGUUCACCCUCUCUCGCACAGCCAAGGUGCCCACUAUUCACAGCCCAGAAGAACUACUCAUUGAAGUUCAUGCUGCCAGUGUUAACCCUAUUGAUGUUCAUAUGAGAGGAGGUUAUGGUGAGGUGAUGCUGAAUUCUAUGAGGAAACUGCUAGGGAAGCCCAAGUCAGGGAAUGAGUUCCCGCUAACCCUGGGCAGAGACUUCUCUGGGGUGGUGUUGGAGACAGGGAAACGUGUCACUGACUUCAAACCUGGAGAUCAGGUGUGGGGAGCAGUGGGAGCUCACAGACAGGGGACCCAUGCAGAGCUCCUGGUCACAUCACAGAAGGAGAUAUCAAAGAAGCCGAAGACACUGGACCAUCUAGAGGCAGCAUCCAUUCCCUACGUGGCUGUGACAUCAUGGACCGCGACUGAGGUGCAAGGAAAGGCAAAGAGGAAAGAGGGAACUCAAGGAAAGCAACACUGCAGGGAAGAGGAUCCUGUUCAUGCUGGUUCUGGGGGAAUAGGCACAUUUUCUAUACAGUUACUGAGUGCGUGGGGAGCGGACGUUACGACGACGUGCAGUACGGAUGCUGUCGAGUUUGUUACAAGUCUGGGAGCCAAUACUGUCAUCGACUACAAGACACAGGAUGUAGAAGCAGAACUGCAGAAACUUGACAAAUUCGACUUAGUGUUGGACACUCUUGGAGGGGAGACACCAAACUUCUCCUUCGAUCUGUUGACCAAAUAUAGAAAUGCCAAAUACGUCUCCAUAGUGACGCCGUUACUGAGAAAUGCAGAUUCAUAUGGUUUGGUUAAAGGCUCUGUCAAGACUGCAGUUGAUCUCCUCAAGGAUGUGGCCGGGGGCAUCAAACAUCUCCGAAGCUAUCGCUGGGCUGUGUUUGUACCCAAUGGUCGUGCUCUAAAAAAAGUGGCCAAGAUGGUGGACAACUCUGAUAUCAAGCCUGUGGUAGAAAAGGUGUUUCAGUUUGAAGAAGUUCCAAAUGCUUUUGACAAGCUAGCUGCUGGUCACUCUAGAGGAAAAACUGUGAUUAAGGUUAUCUGAACACCACUAUGAGAGUGAUCUCCCUUGAAACCCAAAAGCAUUGUGAUCAAAACCUAAAGAAGUUUUGUUUUCUGCAUGUUGAAACUUUAAUUAAAUUUACAACUAGUGAAUACAAUGGAACUAUUGAUUCAAUUAGUUACCCAUAAUUUGGAAUUAUGUUAAAAAAUAAUAAGUUGUGAGGCAUAUAUACUUUAUCUAUUUUGUGAUGGCAUGAUAGAUUUAACAUGAAGUAAAGUGCUGACUAAA